AUGAGUAGUGAUAUAACUAAAAAUGAGAAAUAUUAUACUUGCUGCGAAGAACCAUACUUAGACAUUACAUUCAAUAUUACGAUGCGGAGGAAAACGCUAUUUUAUACGGUGAAUUUGAUCAUACCUUGUAUGGGGAUAUCGUUUCUCACGAUACUUGUGUUUUACCUACCAUCAGAUAGUAACGAAAAAGUUAGUUUAAGUAUUUCAAUUCUUCUAUCGCUGACUGUGUUCUUUCUGCUGCUAGCCGAAAUUAUUCCACCCACGUCACUAGUUGUGCCACUUUUGGGAAAAUUUGUGCUAUUUACGAUGAUACUUGACACGCUAAGUAUAUGUGUCACAGUCGUUGUGUUAAAUAUACAUUUCCGAUCUCCCACUACACAUGUAAUGUCACCUUGGGUUAGAAGAGUAUUCAUUCACAUUCUACCGAGAAUGUUAAUCAUGAGAAGACCGCACUACCAAAUAGAAAGGAAGAGUCUGAUGGGAACAUGUCAUCGUAUUAUGUUGAGGACGUGCAAUGGGCUUGAGCUUAGAGAUCAAGAUUCAGCAGAUCAGUUAAUGCACAGCAACGAUGUAUUUCCUGCCAGGGAUUUAGAAAGCGGUGUAAUUGGCUGUUGCGAAAUACACGGCCCGAUAAUAGGAUUACCCAGCUCAUCCGAAAUAAACCAAAAUGCCCCAAUUCGUAAGGGUAGAAAACAUUGGCACGAUUGUCCAGAACUUCAUAAGGCGGUCGAAGGCGCUGCGUACAUAGCUGAUUACAUAAAAAAAGAAGAAGAAGAAAAAAAGAUUAAAGAAGAUUGGAAAUAUGUGGCGAUGGUGCUGGAUAGGUUGUUUUUKUGGAUAUUCACGCUGGCCGUGACCAUGGGAUCAGCAGGGAUAAUUCUACAGRCACCCACWUUGUAUGACAAUCGGUUGCCAAUCAAUGUUCGAUUGUCGGAAAUACUUGCCAAUACACCAACAGUUAAACAGAAUUAUAAUAACAUUAUGUAGAGACGAUAAUUGCUCAAUACGAUCAUUAUUGGACGAGCCAGUGACAUACAACACUAGUUCGGAAAAGCGAACGUUAGAGUUCUACUACCAUCACAAUAAGAACAAAUCAGAUAUAACUUAUAUAUUUUAAAUUAUAUAAAGCAUCAUAAUUAAUAAAAUGCGGGAUGAGGGACCAACAAAUCAAGGACUGCUGGUCGUAAUGUGUACAAUAGUGUCAAUUCUGAUAUUAGAUACUAUUUUCAUGUUCACAAAAUUAGCAAAUCACAUAGAUAGAUAUUUUUAGAUAAUUUAUUUAUAAAUCAAAUAUUUAUGAACAGUAUAAUAUAAUAUAUAUAAUAUAUUUAUUUAAAAAAAAGUACAUUAAAUAGAACCUGAGAUGGUUGUAAGAGAAAUAUUAAUCUUCUCACCUAUUAUUUUUCUUGUAAAAAGAAACAUAUUAUAAAUCAUGUUACCAAAAACAGGUAAAAAAACUUCAUAGUAAUAUGUACAUAGAAUUAUGUUACUUGUGAAAAAUAAAUGAAUAUAU